AUGCAGUCCGGAAUAACAGCUUCCUCGGACCUCCACGAAGCAUUCUCCGACUUCACCUCGGACCACGACCUAUUCUCUUUGCCCGUGACCAUUACGACGGAAUCGCUGACUCCUUUACCGACCAUCCCAUUCCCAUCAUCAUCCUCGACAUUCCACGGCUCCCUGCCCAGUCUCGACAACAUCCUCGACCCCACACGACCACUAUACCUUCUCCUGCGCAAAGAGCAAUCCAAACCCGACCUCGUGGCCGUCACGUACAUUCCCUCACGGGCGCCCGUGCGGCAAAAGACACUGUUCGCAUCCACCCGGGCCACGCUGGUCCGCGAGCUCGGCAGCGACAAGUUCGUCGAGACCGUCUUUGUGACGGAGCGUGAAGAGAUUCUCGAUCCUGCUCAAUGGGAAGAACGGUCUGGUGGCCCCAGCCAACAACAGCAACAAGACCAACACCAACAGCAGCAGCAGCAAUUACCCGGCGGGGUUGAUAUCGGGCUAUUAAGUAUCGAAGAGCGUGAGUUACAAGCCGUCAAGCGCGCCGAGGAGGAAGAACGACAUGGCACCCGCGGCCACAAUCUCAUGAACCAUCAUGACUCGAGUAGCGGCGGCAACAACGGCGGCAAUCGUUUGGACACGAAAAUCACCGACGAAGCCCGUAGCGCUCUGGCACAAUUGCCAUCUACUUCGGGCUCCCUGGUCCAAUUGGGAAUCGAUAUCUCUUCCGAGACCAUCACUCUCCUCUCUUCAAAAUCCGACGUUGAGCCCGCCAAAGUGCAUACCCUGAUUCCGGCCGACCGGCCAAGUUACACGCUGUACGCGGUUCCACACACCCAGUCGCAAACGCAAUCGCAAUCACACUCUCAUGGUGUCAUCUUUAUAUAUGUGUGUCCUGGGACCAGCAGGGUCAAGGAACGUAUGGUCUACGCUAGCUCGCGGAGGAGUGUGCUGUACCUCGCUGAGGCUGAGGGUGUCAAAAUCCUCAAGACUCUCGAGGCGGGCGAGCCGGAUGACUUGAGCGGCAGAGUCGAGGAAGAGGUCAAAGCCCUGCUUGGUUCGGCGGAAGGAGAAGGUGGGAAUGGUGACGCUUCUUCUGCUCCAGGUAGUGGUACGGGUACGCCGAGACCCGGGUUCGCUAGACCCAAGAGACCUGGGAAACGGUAG